CAAGUGGCACUCCCAUUAUGCCCGCAAUCAGUGAACAUACUCUUUACCUUGUGGGAUACUCAUCUACGCUCUACAUAAGGAAUGUAGAAUGCGUCAUAUCAACAUUCUUGGGUCGCCAAGGUGAUUGGGUGCGGAGGAGUAUUAUUUACAUGUUUGCCAUUAGACAAAAGCCUUGGAAUGGACAGACAUCAGCUUUUAAAGUAAAAUGGCCACAAUAUUCUGCAUUACUGUACUUGAACGGUCCAGAUGAUAUAAAAAGAGAUUUGAACUCAAAGCGGGAGUACGUGGUACGGACUUACGACGACCGCCAUUUAAUUGUUUCAGACCUGAAAGGCUUAUGCUAUUGUACACGGAAGAAGAAAAGUUAGACAGGACGUGAGCAGGCUUGCAAGUGAAGGUUUAACGGUUGAAAAUGACAUAAAUACACUGAACAUGUGAUUUA